UCCGUUUAGACGCAGAGAUCCAGCUCGUUGGCUGCUUUGCUUCCAAAGAAGCGCAUUUGGGGAUGCCUCCCCUUUUCCUUCGUCCGGCCGGGAAUCUAACAGGCAUCGGCUUAAGUGGUUGGGGGACGGCUCGGGGGGUGCAUUUUGGGGACAGGCAGCCGCAAACCGGUUUGACUUGGGAGGCUCGUCACUCGGACUGGUUUCGCCUCUUGCGCUUUAGGUUCUGCUCCCCGGUCCGCCUCCCGGUAGAUUCCAGUGGAUCCCAAGGCGCCGGGGCUGCGUCUGUUUUUUGACACGCGGCGGCACCGCGAUCCCUUUCCAGAGCGAGCUCACCCAAGCCAGAAAUGCUCCAGAGCUUUGCGUGAAGAGUCAGAAGUGCUUCCGCAAGACUCCCUUCAGAAGGAGCCCCCUCUUUCGGGUGGGAUGCCGAGGAACAUGAUGUCGGACUUUGGAAUGGUGUGCGAACUUCCUCCCAAGUGUCAGUUUGGGAACUUUGGGAAAAAUGGCAGCCCGCUGGAAAACGGGAAGGGCCACCUGAGGCACAGCAAUUCCACUGUGGACGACGAUGAGGCCCUGAGAUACCUGAGUCAUGAGGAGAAAGAUGUCCUCCUCUUCUUUGAAAAAACGAUCGAUGCUCUGGAAGACGAUUUGGAGGAGCAAGCUCUUCGCCGCCACUCUCCGAGGUCAGCGCAAGAAAAUGCAUCCAAGCAUCCAGAGCCGGAGGAUAUCAUUGACUUGGUCCGGUCAGCGCCUGAGAAAAGCAGUCGAGACUUUGUUCAUAGUCGACACCCAGAAGCAGGUUUAGAGGAGGUUUGGAAACUAGAUAAACAUCGGCUGGAGUGCCACAGCAUCCCUGAUGGAAUCGUUCAUGCCACCGUCAUCGUCCCUCCUCCGGCUAUCCCGUCAGCCCCUCCUAUAUCCAUCUAUGAGGUGUAUCCUUCUUCAGUCCCCGCGCAGCAUCCCAGACUGCUUCGUUCUGUCCCUACUCCGCUUGUGAUUGCUCAGAGGAUAUCUGAAAAGGGGGAGGUCAUCCCCUUCUGUCCUGCUUCGCCCAUGGAGAAGAAAUCCACAGAGAAGAGACCACCCUCUACUUCCCCGAAGCAGAACGGAGGGCGAUUCAUGGCCUUCAAGCCGCCCGUUCCCCCUCCGACCCUACCCAAGCCCCAGAAGUUUCCCAGCAACAUCAACAUCACCAACGCGAGCGAAAGAGAGUUCAACAAAACUAUCUCUAGGGCUGCAGUGAACGUCCAGGAACGCAAAGCCCAGGUGUUAGCCAACGUCAACGGUUCGGCCUUCAUAAUCUGUGAGCUGGAAGAGAGACUUCAGAAGCAUGAAUUCUUAGGUCCCGGUAGAAAUAUGUCUUUGAGGGACUUGUCUUCGGAGCACACGAGGAAUGAGACGUUGAAUAAACUAGGCCUCGCCGAAGAAACUUUGGUUCAGGCUGAGUCUCAGCAGGAGAAGCCUCCAAGCGUUCCAGCACUAAAGGAUGAAAGGCCCGAAGAAGCCCAGGCCCUGACGAAUGGCUACCGAAACACCCACGAAACCUUAAAGCGGGAGCCAGACCCGUUCCCCAUCGCGAGCAAAACUGUAACGUUCAAACCGGAGGCCGCUCUUCCCGAGAGUAAGCUUGCUCGGCAGAAUGCCGCCAAAAGCUUUCACGACCACCGGCAGCCGGAUUUCACCCUGGAGUUGAGGAGGAGGUCUGGCUCGCUCCCCAGACCCUCUGGACUGAGACCCCAAGGCGUGACCGUACAGUUCUCUGGCCGUGGCUCGUCGGAAGAAGCGAGGAGGGAGGCUCUGCGGAAACUCGGACUCCUGAAAGAGUAACCAAAAGAUGUCAACGAAAUGAGGGUGAACUUCAUGCCCUGAUGGACUGCUUCCAAUGAGAGCCAAGAACAAUUCACUUUCUAGCGCAGGAAAUCUUACAGUACAGGGGUGGAUCGGCCCUUUGAUGUGAUGGGAAAGUUCCCGAUGGUCCACUGCCACGGAACGUGGCUGGUGGUGUCAACAGAGUCUCUGGAGCCCUUUGGUUUGGGCCUAGUCAGGAUUGACAAUAUGUCACUGUGUUCGGCCAUCCGCUGGAUGGGCCCAAACUGAGCAGCCCCUUCCAAGUCCGAGUGGCUGCAAGGGGGGGGGGUCCACUCAGGUUACUUUGGGGGCAUUCCAGCUUUGUUAAGAUGGCCAGAUGCAAGAAGGUGCCCCUAUUAAUGAAGUUUAUUAUUGCAGUAUUUGCUUUGGAGCGUUUGCGGUUGGCAAAUGCGUCCUGAUGCAAAUGGAUUUAUUUCCUGGGAUGACUAAAAUGACGAAGCUGAGGUCGGACUCGUAGGGUUAAAUAUGGACCGAAGGGGGGUCAGCAUAAUGAAGCUGCUGUCUUCGAUGGUCGCAUCCCGCCUCUUCCCUUCUGCUGUAGACCCGUUGGCAGGAACGCGGCUGUCUUUCUGGUGACACAUAAUGCAUUGUUAAGAAUCGGUGCCAACCAUUUGCCAUUUGGGGUCUGUCUGGAGAGUUGUUCCGUGCAGCGGUUUUACAACUUGGAAGUGGGUCGUUCUUUCGAGUUAUUCUCUGCACAGUCGUGUUGAAGCAGCAUCGCGCACCACUUAAUGGUUCGGCAGCAUUUUGCCUCUGACCCUGAGAGCCAUCCUUCCCCCUCGCCACCACAGGGUGCGGAUUAUCUUAAGUGAUGCCUCAUUCCCGCCCCGUGGUGCUUCAGUGCCAACCAUGACUCUGCUCUGCCAUGGAUCAUGCCCAAGGCAUUCACUUCCUACCCUUCACCUUGAAGCACGUAAUGACACACUGGCUUUGUGUGGAAGUGUGGUGGUGGGGAUCAUGUGUUGAGUAAUGAUAAGUGAAGUUGAGGAAGGAAAUGUUCGAAGCACAACGCUGUGUGUCCAGCAGAGCAGCAGUGGCGUGGUAGGUUAAGACCAGGUGCAUUCUAAUCAGGAGGAACCGGGUUUGAUUCCCCGCUCUGCCGCCUGAGCUGUGGAGGCUU